AUGUUUUUAAAUAACACUGUGCUAUCAAUAACUUUAUUAUUAAGUGCUUUAAGUGCAAAAUUAGUGUUUUCUACGUCAUGGGAUGAUUUUUUGAAUCAAAGAACAAAAUAUUUGCGAGAAGAAGCAAUGUUAUCCGUAGGCUCUAUGAGUUUUUUGAAUGCUAACGAAAGUGCUGUAAACGAUAUUUUAAUGAACUACAAAACUGAGGAAAUUCAAAGAGGUUUCAGGAAUAUAAGCGAGUUUUUACCAUCAUCAAAUUUUCUUCGGAUAAGUCGUGAAAUGGAAAACCGUACAAUGUUUAAGUUACUUCAACUUUUUCCCAAAGGUGCAGCUUUGCACGGCCACAAUUCAGCUAUGGUCAGCUCUGAAUAUUUGGUGAAAAAUUUAACAUACAGAGAAAAUUUGUAUGCAAAAUUUGAUGAUGAUAAUGAAAAUAUAGUAGAAUUAAGAUUUUUAAAUAGUUCUGAUACCACGGAUUGGAUCAGUGUGGAAACUAUACGAAAAAAUAAGGGUGAUGACUAUGAUGAUUGGAUGAUCAAACAACUCACUUUGCACGAAGCUCAUGCAGGAUUAGGUGUAAAUGAAAUUUGGUCAAGAUUUCAAAAAUUAUUUUCAAUCAUCAAGCCAUUGAUUCACUAUGCACCUGUCUGGCAAGAUCAUAUCUAUCAGAUGCUAAAAGAGUUUCAUGAAGACAACGUGAGCUAUCUCGAGUUCCGUACUUCAUUUCCCAAAAUUUAUUACCUAAACGGCACCACCUUAAAUGCAACAGAAGUCUGUGGAAAAUUUGUAGAAGUUUUGAAUAAUUUUAAAAAGGAUUAUCCAACUUUUUACGGAGCUAAAAUCAUCUACGCUCGUCAUAGGUUGAUUAAUAAUGAAAAGUUUUUGAAGCAUAUGGAAACAGCAAGACAGCUAAAACAGGCAUUUCCUGAUGUCAUUGCUGGAUUUGAUUUGGUGGGCCAAGAGGAUAUGGGUGAACCAUUGGAAACGUUUUUGGAUGACCUUUUUAAAUUGAAAAAUGAAAUUAACUUCUUCUUUCAUGCUGGUGAAACUAAAUGGAAUGGUCCAACUACAAUCAAAAACUUGGUGGAUGCUGUACUUCUUGGAACAAAACGAAUAGGUCAUGGAUAUGCUAUCACAAAACACCCUAAGGUAGCCACCAUGGUGAAAAAGUACAAAAUAGGCAUAGAAGUAUGUCCAAUUUCAAACCAAGUUUUGGGUUUAGUUGGAGAUUUAAGAAACCAUCCUUUAUCCUCAUUGCUUAUGGAUAAUUAUCCUGUCGUAAUAAGUUCUGAUGAUCCUGGAUAUUGGGGAGCCAAAGGAGUCACUUACGAUUGGUAUGAAACAUUUAUAGGAAUAGCAGCUUUCAAUCAGGAUGUACAUUUAUUGAGAAAAUUAGCAUUGAACUCAAUAGAACAAUCAUCUUUGACUGAUGAUGAAAAACAAGAAUUGAAGGAAGAUUGGAAAAAGCGUUGGAAUAGUUAUAUUGAAUUGAUAUUGAAAACUUAUCGAUCAGAUAGCAAUGCAAUUGAAACUUCUGAAGAUGAAGGUGAUGAAGUGACGGUCUUAAUGUUGGCACCUGAUCAUGCCUAUGAUUUUAGCCCUUUCAAUUUCUAA